UAAUAGAACAACUUUAUAUAAUACCUACUUCAUAAUAUUGCUGUUUCGUAUUAUAACUACUCUCCCUAUAUAUAUAGCUUUUAUAUAGUGCAACAACUAUACAGUGUAGCUACUUUAUAAUAUUGCUACUGUACCAUAUAACUACCUUAUAACACAGCUUCUCUGUAGAGCUUUUUCAUAAUAUAACUUUAUCAUAUAACUGGAUUAUUGUAGAACUUUGUAGUACAGCUUCUUUAUAAAUACUUACUUUUUAAUAUAGCUACUGUGUUGUCUAAACUACUUUAUAGUACAGUUUUUCUAUAGAAUUUCUUUAUAAAAAAAGGUUGGUUUCUAACAUAGCUGCUUUAUAAUUGAUUACAAGAAAUGAAUGAAAUAUUACACAAAAAUAUGCCGGAAAAAUUGUCCCAUUUUCACUCAGCCCUUUUGUGAGACAUUGGUAGCUAUUUGUAAAGACAUUCCUGUUUGAAAAAUCUGUGAAACAAAAACAAAACUGCAUUGCAUCAUGGGAAAUAACAAGCCUUUAUUGGAUAUAUCUGUGGCAAAUUGUUUUUUAUGCUGUGGAGCGAGGAGUGGCAAUUUAUCUCCCCAUAAGCAUAAAUUAAAUACUUUACCAUUUGGAAUUAAGAAACUUAUAAAAAGUAGACAACCAGAUUCUUCUAAUGAGAAAUUUUCCAAUGACAGGCGUGGUAGCAUGCCACUGGUUCCUUCUGUUGAUGGUGGCAAUAUGGAAAUGGGAACUACUUCCAAGCUAGCACAUUUUUUCACAAAGAAAGGAUUACGCACCAAUCUGAAAAGAACGAAAAGUGUUACCAAAUUAGACAGGAAACGGUCAGCUUCCAAUGUCUGUGAAAGGGAAACAUCAAUCAUUAGCUCAAGAAUACGGACGUCUCGUUCCCAUGAGUCCCUGCUGACGAAUCAGUCGAACAUGCACAACAUCGAGCUAAACAACACAGGAAGAUUGGACAUAAGGCCUGUUCACAACAGCCUUCUGGGACAGAAUGAAUGCUUCAGCAUCCCAACCCAGACUGGCAACAUGUAUUACUCUUGUAAGAACAAAGAAGAACAAAGAUCCUGGGUCGAUAGCUUACGAAAAGGAAUUCAGCCUAACAUCAACAAAGAACGUCGUGUAGACAAUUCCUUAAAGCUAUGGAUCUGGGAGGCCAAGAAUAUACCACCAAAAAAAAGAUAUUUUUGUGAAAUCUUUCUGGACUCCUCAAUGCAUGCCAAGACUUCGUGUAAAGCACAGUCGGAAAUGCUGUUUUGGGGAGAGUUCUUUGAAUUCAGUAACUUGCUCAACAUAAAACAGAUUAUUUUGUAUCUCUAUCGAGAAGCAGACAAGAAGAAGAAAAAAGAUAAAAACACUAAAAUAGGAGUUGUAACUAUUCCAGUCUGUGAACUUGGUAACAAACAGUUAGUUGAGAAAUGGUUCACUGUGAAUAGUGUUACUGUUGGCAAACAGUUGAAAGAAAACCGAGCAGAAUUACCCAUGAUUCGGGUACGGAUCAAAUACCAAUCUGUACAGAUUCUACCUCAAGAACUUUACAAAGACUUUACAGAGUAUUUAACCAGUAAUUAUGUGAGCCUGUGUGAACAUCUGGAACCGUUGGUGAGUGUGCGGGACAAGGAAGACAUUGCUACAUGUUUAGUACAUGCCAUGCAGCACUUGAAUAAAGCAAAGAACUUCCUCUGUGAUGUGGUCAUGGCAGAAAUAUCUAGAUUAGACAAUGAACAUCUGACAUUUCGAGGCAACAGUAUUGCAACAAAAGCAAUGGAAGCCUACAUGAAAUUGGUUGGUGAAAAUUAUUUACAAGUGACAUUGAGAGAAUUUGUUAUGGAAAUCAUUGAGCUGUCGGAAGACUAUGAGGUCGACCCAACCAAGCUUUCCAAUAAUGCAGCUCUCCAACGAAACCAAGCCAACCUAAAGAAACUCUGCGAACAAGCUUGGAAUAAAAUUUCAAAUUCUAGGCGUUAUUUUCCUGGUGAACUUCGAGAAGUGUUUGCAGGUUUCCGAGAAAACUGCCGUGUAAACGAGAAGGAAGACCUUAGUGAUAACUUAAUCAGUGCAUCAAUAUUUUUGAGAUUCUUGUGUCCAGCAAUUCUUUCUCCUAGUCUUUUCAAACUGAUUCAAGAAUACCCGUCAGACAAAGCUGUCAGGACAUUAACUUUAAUAGCGAAAGCCAUUCAAAAGCUGGCGAAUUUCACACAAUUUGGUGGUAAAGAAGAAUUCAUGAUCUUUAUGAAUGAUUUUGUAGAAGAAGAAUUUGAAAAUAUGAAACAGUUUCUAAAAGAUAUUUCUAGUGAAGAUGUUGGUAAUGAAUUCCUAAAGAACCAGCAUGCUGUUAUAGAUUUUGGCAAAGAACUCUCUGUUCUACAUUCUCUUCUUGUAGAAACAUUAGGAAAAGCUAAUGAGGCUACAAUAACAAAACUGCAUCCAUUGCCUGAUAUUCUCAAUGGACUCACCCAGGCCUUAAACGAUCCCAAGAUUGGGAAAAAACAACCCAACCGGAAGAGCCAGAUUUACGACAAUUUGGCCACGACACCAAACAGCAACCCUUCGGUGAGCUCGUUAGUUCAGCUGUCUAAGUCAACUUUACACAUGGACAACAAUCACACAAUAAACAUGGAUGACAGUAUGAAUUCAGACAACGGUGGAAUCACUCAACAGACAUCAGGCACAUGGAAACGUACUAACGAAGCAAAUAUGUGCAGUGCAUUUAACGAUAUUUCUGUGACGCGAGAUAUUUCCGAUGUAUCAGUCAGCAAACACACUAACAAUAAUAAAGACUCCUUAAAACAAUGGUGGAACGAUAUUCUAACGACAGCAGAAGCUGUUAAUGGUUAUGAUAACAGAAUUAGUUUCAUAGAUGACCCGAGCGAUGCGCCAUACGAGACGGCGCUUGCAGACAAAACCAACUCAGAUCUUCAACAUCGCAGCCAUACCAGUAAUUCUCUUGCAGCUUCUUCCCAACGAUCUACUAGUCAAAAUUCUUUCAUGUCCUCUUCAGGUUAUCAACCAACGGUGUACAGCCCCUCAACCUUGUCCAUGGAACUACCACUGGCAUCUCAAGAACAAUUCAGCGGCUCAACGUUACCUGCUCAGUUUUCUAGUUUGGGUUCCACGUCAUUCGCUGCUCAACAUUCCUCCAUCCAGCAACCACUUUCCUUUUCUAAUCCCUUGUAUAAACACCAACGGAACUCUCAGUCCGUAAUGCCAUCUUCUUCAAUAUCCGUUUCAGGAAAUGCUUUAUCCACAAUGGAAGGCGCUGGUGCUGUAAGUGGUACUUCAUCUCCAAUGGUACACAGUAGCUUGAAGAUUCCUCAGACCUCAAGUUCAAGUUCUUUAAGCAGUACGGAUGACUCAGGCACAUUACCAUUUGUCAGUGUAAACACACAAGUGCACCAGACUCGCAGCCCAAUGCGGAAUCUACCAAUUACGGCAAUAACGACUUUAGAUUCCGCUCGCAAAAUAACGGAUCCCAUUCAAAAAUUCUCUCAGCUUUCCAGUUCUAGCUCAAGUAGUGAGUCACUUUGUGAUCGACGCAGCUUAGUACACUCCACCCCCAUGCAAACGGACAUUGAUAAUUUACAGCAUGGCCCCGCCUUGCAGCGGAUUAACCCUUUAUAUGGACACUGCAGCCCAAAACCGAGCCUAAAGUCAGUGACUUUACGCUCACACAACCAACCAGGAAACAGCCCAUUGAACACUUCAUGUGAAUUGCCUCAAGGUAUUGAGAUGAAGUUUUCUGGGGCUCGAUACGAAGACCCGUCAAGGUCUUUAAACGAUAGAGACACUAGUGUUAUUCAGUGUAACACUUUGCCAAAACGAGCCGAGAAGGAUCGUCACCUGGCAACGUCAUCUGUUUCAGAUGAAUUCUCUGUUUAUAAACCUGGCGCUCGGCUCUCACUGGCUCAGCAGCACUCUCUCCACAGUGGCACCCAAACGGUACAACAUAGGAAGUCUGAGCCAGUGAAAACCAGGGAAGAGACUGACAUUGAUGGUUCAGAAUCAGACCCUGAGUACGAGAAAGAAGUUUCUACGUUGAAGAAGCAGUUACUGGAGGCGCAAUCCCGUCUUCAUGAAGCUGAACGUAUGCUGUUCACCCAAGAAUCGGGUACGCAACAGAUGAUGCAGGACUGGCAACAGCGUUUAGAGGAGAGUGAGGAACGAAUGCGCAAACAGCAAGCUGAGAAAGACGACCAAAUUAAGACUGUCAUAGAGCGCUUGAUAGGCUUUGAGGAUGAACUUCGCAGAGAACACAGGGAAAUUGAACGUCUUGCUUGUGAGAAACAAAUGGUAAUUGAGGCCCAAGAGCGGCAGAUCCAGACACUGGAUACGACCAAUAAUAAACUGAUGUGUGCUCUGAAUCAGUUAAAGGAGCGAUGUCACACCAACCCUCUUCGAAAUGGCCUCACUUCACAGCCUCAGUCCAAAGUCCCAGAUUUUAAGGAGUACAGAAGCAGUGCUUGCUAAACUUAAAAUAAAAAUUUAAAAAAUUAAAAAAUACAAACAAAUAAAACCAACAAUAACAAACAAAAACAAACAAAGGAAACAAAUGGGAUUACAGAUUAUUAUUAUUAUUAUUAUUAUUAUUAUUAUUAUUAUUAGCAGAAUUUUGUGUGUAUGUAUAUGUAAGUGCAUUUGUAUACAUCCAUACAUGUAUGUAUGUGUGUGUGUAUAUAUAAAUGUGUGUGCGUGUGUACGUACACACAACACAAUGGAAAAUUAUGUACGCUUGUUAACCUGGUAUGCAUAUAUGUGUUGUUUUUUUGUUUUUUUGUUUUUUUUUCCACGAGAGGGUUAUUAAACACAAUGAGGAGUUUUAUUAUGAAACCCGUCAGAAUGCCGUGGUUCUGCAACCAUGGCGACACACAAACAUUUUUUUCAUUUUUUUUUCUUUCUCCAUUCAAUAUAAAUUAUCAAAAGAAAGAAAGAAAUGUUGAUAAUAUAAUUACAAAACCAAAAAAAAAAGAAAAAAAACUCAAAAAAAUUCAAUUUAAAAUAAUCUUCCUGAUAAUUCCAAUUUUCUUCAUCUUCCUCUGAAUAUGAACCCAGGUAAUUUCCCCUCACCUGUUACCUCUCCAUACCCCAGCCCCGUAACCUCUGCGUCUCUUUAUCACACCUUAACACGGUCACUGUGAUGAAUAUAGUAGAACAAAGUGAAAGCUUGCACCAAGCUAAAAGCUAAACCAGUGAUACAGUUUCAAUCCCAACCCAUGUAUUAAAACCAUUUCAUGUUGCUAAUACCCUUGGGAAAGGCAUGAACAUCAAAACUCUUCCUUGUCCCUCCCCUAUGAUGUAUAUGGUCUCUGUGCCACCCAGUCAAGAGGAACUGAUAUCCUCAGUAAAUGUGGCAGGCAGUGUAGAUAAAGCCAAGAGCCUAAAUAAAAAAACAUUGUCAGGGAGGUGAGUUAACAAGCUGGCUUCCUAUCCCAGUUGGAGUUAAUUCACUUCUGUUACAUUAUUAACAGUUGUGAUUAAAGUUGUGAACAAGACAGAAAAAAUUAUCUCGCUUGAAUUAUGUUGCUGAUUACCUUGGGAAAGGCAUGAACACUGCAACUCCCCAUCCUCUAUAUAAGGGCCUUGAGCCUCUAACAUUUCAAAUGUGAUCCCUAAAUAGGAAAUUUCUUCAAAGAGGAUUUUAUUUCUCGAUAAUUUAAAGGAGAGAAAAUACAUACGUAUAAAUAUAAUUUCUAAAUAUAAAUGAUUUUUUUUUUUUUUUUGAGGUGUGGGACUGGAGUUAGUCAUGAAUGUUGGUGGUGGGUGGUGGUCAUGGAAUGAAAUCCCCUUAUUUUAGUUGGAAAAGAAGAAGAAAAAUAAUCAAUGUAUACAGAUUUUAUGGACACAUGACAACAGUUUCAAUUUCAAUGAUAAACACAAUAAUUUGGAUGUUGAUAAAAA